UUUGCUUUAUUGGGUGUAGCAUCAGUGGGAUUCUGCAGGGAUGAUGUAAAAUAAAAGCCAGGUGGCCAGCAGGCCCCUGGGUCAGCACCCCUCGUGCCGGGUGACCUGUAGGCGUAGGGCGUAAGGCCUGGGACCCUGCGUCCGUCCCCUUGCUGCCCAGUACGGCCGGCGGGUGGCCCAGCAGGCGAGGUACCGUCUGGCUGGAUGGAGAGCCAAAGAGAAGGAGCUUAAUUCCGUCGCUUCCGAGCUGUCUGCACGGCAGGAGGAGAGUGAACAUUCUCAUAAACAUUUAAUUGAACUCCGCCGGGAAUUUAAGAAAAAUGUACCUGAGGAAAUCAGAGAGAUGGUGGCUCCUGUAUUAAAAAGCUUCCAAGCUGAGGUGGUGGCUCUUAGUAAGAGAAGUCAGGAGGCCGAAGCUGCUUUCCUGAGCGUUUACAAGCAGUUAAUUGAAGCACCAGACCCCGUGCCUGUGUUUGAGGCUUCACGCAGCCCAGACGACAGACUGCAGUCCCCCAGCUUCGACCCCAGCGGGCAGCCGCGGCGAGAGCUCCACAGUUCGUGGAAGAGACACCCUGAGCUCCUCGGCCCCAAAGAACAGAGAGAGGGGACGUCGCCGGCUGCGCCCACGCUGACUGAGGGGAGCCGCCUCCCAGGCAUUCCCAGCAAAGCCCUCCUGACAGAAACUUUGCUGCAGAGAAAUGAGGCAGAGAAACAAAAGGGCCUUCAGGAAGUACAGGCCUUCACUUUGGCAGCCAGACUGGGGGAAGCCGAGGAGAAGAUCAAGGUCCUACAUUCAGCGUUGAAGGCCACGCAGACAGAGCUGCUGGAGCUGCGGCGGAAAUACGAUGAGGAGGCGGCAUCCAAGGCAGAUGAAGUCGGCCUGAUCAUGACCAACCUGGAGAAAGCUAAUCAGCGAGCCGAGGCUGCCCAGCGGGAGGUGGAAAGUCUUCGGGAACAACUUGCCUCCGUCAACAGCUCCAUCCGCCUGGCCUGCUGCUCUCCUCAGGGACCCAGUGGGGAUAAGGUGAACUUCGCUCUGUGCUCGGGCCCUCGGCUUGAGGCUGCCCUGGCCUCCAAGGAUCGGGAGAUCCUGCGGCUGCUGAAGGAUGUGCGGCACCUCCAGAACUCUCUGCAGGAGCUGGAGGAGACCUCCGCCAACCAGAUUGCAGACCUAGAGCGGCAGCUCAUGGCCAAGUCGGAGGCCAUCGAAAAGCUGGAAGAGAAGCUUCAGGCACAGUCUGACUAUGAAGAAAUUAAAACAGAGCUGAGCAUCCUCAAAGCCAUGAAGCUGGCCUCCAACACCUGCAGCCUCCCCCAGCCCUGCUUCUUGUCUCCUCAGGGCAUGGCAAAGCCCGAAGACUCCCUGCUCAUGGCAAAGGAGGCAUUCUUCCCUGCGCAGAAAUUCCUUCUAGAAAAGCCUGGUCUUUUGGCCAGCCCUGAGGAAGACCCUUCAGAGGAUGUUGCCAUCAAGGAUUCUCUGGGCACGGAGCAGUCCUACCCAUCCCCUCCACAGCUCCCACCGCCACCAGGGCCCGAAGACCCCCUGUCCCCCAGCCCAGGGCAGCCCUUGCUGGGCCCUGGCCUCGGCCCUGAUGGCCCUCGGACUUUCUCACUGUCCCCCUUCCCCAGCCUGGCUUCAGGGGAGAGACUGGCAGGGGACACGCUGCUGUCCAAGCACAUGAUGCCCCCGGCUGCCUUCAAGGGGGAGGCGGGAGGCCUGCUGGUGUUCCCCCCGGCCUUCUAUGGCGCCAAGCCGCCCACAGCCCCUGCCACCCCAGCCCCUGGCCCUGAGCCGCCCGGGGGCCCUGAGCCAGCAGAGGGCAGUGGUGGCGGCGUGGCCACAGCGGGAGCCGGGGCAGAGGAGGAGCAGCUGGACACGGCGGAGAUCGCAUUCCAGGUGAAGGAGCAGUUGCUCAAACACAACAUCGGGCAGCGGGUGUUUGGCCACUACGUGUUGGGCCUGUCCCAGGGCUCGGUCAGCGAGAUCCUGGCCCGGCCCAAGCCCUGGCGCAAGCUCACGGUGAAGGGCAAGGAGCCCUUCAUCAAGAUGAAGCAGUUCCUGUCAGACGAGCAGAAUGUGCUGGCUCUGAGGACCAUCCAGGUGCGGCAAAGAGGCAGUAUCACCCCGAGAAUCCGCACACCAGAGACCGGCUCGGAUGACGCCAUCAAGAGCAUCCUGGAGCAGGCCAAGAAGGAGAUCGAGUCGCAGAAGGGGGGUGAGCCCAAGAACUCGACAGCCCCACUGAGCAUCACCAAUGGCACAGCCCCCGCCAGCACCUCAGAAGAUGCCAUCAAGAACAUUCUGGAACAAGCGCGCCGCGAGAUGCAAGCACAGCAGCAGGCCCUACUGGAGAUGGAGGCAGGCCCCCGCGGCCGCUCGGUGCCUCCCUCGCCCCCAGAGCGGCCCUCGCUGGCCGCCAUGAGCCAGAACGGGGCCCCGACCCACGUCAAGCAGGAGGAGAGUGGUGUCGGCGGCGGUGGUGUCGGCAGUGGGGGCACCAGCAGCAGUGCCACACAGACAUCCCUCACGGUCCUGUCCCCGGCCGCCUUUGUGCAGAGCAUCAUCCGGAAGGUCAAGUCAGAGAUCGGCGAUGCCGGCUACUUCGACCACCACUGGGCCUCGGACCGCGGCCUCCUCAGCCGCCCCUACGCCUCUGUCUCACCCUCACUCUCCUCCUCCUCCUCCAGCUACUCCGGCCAGCCCAGCGGGCGGGCAUGGCCCCGUGGGGACGAGGCGCCCACGGCCCCUGAGGAGGAAGCGGCCGGGAGUGAGGACGAGCCCCCCAGGGUGGGUGAGCUCAAGGCCGAGGGGGGCGGCCCCGAGGCAGGCAGCGCUGGGCGACUGGCCUACUACCCGGCCUACGUGCCCCGCACGCUGAAGCCCACCGUGCCGCCCCUGACCCCCGAGCAAUACGAGCUCUACAUGUACCGUGAGGUGGACACCCUGGAGCUGACGCGCCAGGUCAAGGAGAAGCUGGCCAAGAAUGGAAUCUGCCAGAGGAUCUUCGGGGAGAAGGUGCUGGGUCUGUCUCAGGGCAGUGUGAGUGACAUGCUGUCCCGGCCGAAGCCGUGGAGCAAGCUGACGCAGAAGGGGCGGGAGCCCUUCAUCCGUAUGCAGCUGUGGCUCUCGGACCAGCUCGGCCAGGCCGUCAGCCAGCAGCCCAGCGCCUCCCAGGCCAGUCCCACUGAACCAAGGUCCUCGCCAUCCCCACCCCCUAGUCCCACGGAGCCACCGGAGAAGACAUCCCAGGAGCCCCUGAGUCUGACACUGGAGAGCAGCAAGGAGAACCAGCAGCCGGAGGGACGCUCCAGCUCCUCGCUGGGUGGAAAGAUGUACUCAGGCAGCCAGACCACAGCGGGCAUCCAGGAGAUUGUGGCCAUGUCCCCCGAGCUGGACACGUACUCCAUCACCAAGAGGGUCAAAGAGGUCCUCACAGACAACAACCUAGGGCAGCGGCUAUUUGGGGAGAGCAUCCUGGGGCUGACACAGGGCUCCGUGUCUGACCUGCUGUCCCGACCAAAACCCUGGCACAAGCUGAGCCUGAAGGGGCGGGAGCCCUUUGUGCGCAUGCAGCUGUGGCUCAAUGACCCCCACAAUGUGGAGAAGCUGAGAGACAUGAAGAAGCUGGAGAAAAAAGCCUACCUGAAGCGCAGGUACGGCCUCAUCAGCACCGGCUCAGACAGUGAGUCUCCAGCCACCCGCUCCGAGUGCCCCAGCCCCUGCCUGCAGCCCCAGGACCUGAGCCUCCUGCAAAUCAAGAAGCCGCGAGUAGUGCUGGCCCCUGAGGAGAAGGAGGCGCUGAGAAAGGCCUACCAGCUGGAGCCUUACCCCUCCCAGCAGACCAUAGAGCUCCUCUCCUUCCAGCUCAACCUCAAGACCAACACCGUCAUCAACUGGUUCCACAACUACAGGUCCCGGAUGCGCCGGGAGAUGUUGGUGGAGGGGACCCAAGAGGAACCAGAUCUCGACCCCAGUGGGGGUCCUGGCAUCCUACCGCCAGGCCACUCCCACCCAGACCCCACUCCGCAGAGCCCCAACUCUGAGGCUGAGGACCAAAAGCCUACUGUGAAGGAACUAAAGCUUCAGGAGGGUCCCGAGGAGAGCAUCACACCCCUGACCACCCAGGACAAGACGCAAGUGAGGAUUAAACAGGAACAGACUGAGGAUGCUGAGGAAGAGGCCGGCAGCCAGGACUCAAAGGAGCUGGACAAAGGCCAAGUUUCCCCCAAAGAGGUGCAUCCUGACCCUCUGGGUAACGACGGACUCCCAAAAGCAGCCCCUGGGCUCCUUCUUCCAGGCGGGGCCACCCCAGCCUGCCCCUCGCUACAGCCCCUCCAGGAGAGCGAGGGCGGGGAGUGGCUACACCCGGACCCUCUAAGUUUUAAGUCGGCCUCGGAGUCCUCACGCUGCAGCCUAGAGGUGUCACUGAACUCACCCUCAGCUGCCUCCUCGCCGGGCCUCAUGAUGUCUGUGUCACCUGUUCCUUCCUCUUCAGCCCCCAUCUCCCCAUCCCCACCCGGCACCCUCCCUGCCAAAGUGCCGAGUGCCAGCCCCACUGCCGACGCAACCGGGGCCUUGCACCCCAGCACCAAGGUGAACCCCAACUUGCAGCGGCGGCAUGAGAAGAUGGCCAACCUGAACAGCAUCAUCUACCGGCUGGAGAGGGCUGCCAAUCGCGAGGAGGCCCUGGAGUGGGAGUUCUAAAGGUGGGGGCAAGGGGCUCGCCGCGGGGGCCACCUUCCCUCUCACUCAGGGCGGGGUCAGGAAGGGAGGAGCUCAGCCAUCAAAACGUGGACCGCAGUGUCGCGCCGCUUGACAGUUUUGGUUGUGAUCCCGGUUCCGUGAAGUCGUGAGUGAGCAGGUGAGGCAGGUGCCUCUGCUUCCCCUUUUCAGCAGCCCCUGCCCCGGGGAUCACCCCCUUCUCCACUCUGGCCCCUCUACAGGAGGCAGAAGCAAAGUGGCGCCACAUUCUUCCCCUGGAAACUCCAAACUCUUUUAGAAAAGUAAAUAUUUAUAGACCUCUUUUAGAUAUUUUAAUAAAGGAUCCUUUGGAAUUUAUUCCCAGCUGAUGCUGUUUUGAUAUUACAGAGAGUUAUGAAAUCAGGAUACCGUCACAACUGUUGCGAAGUAUACACUGAAGUUGUGUCAUUUUUGCCACUAGAUGAGAUUAAAAGGAGACAGUUGUUCAAAGCCAUCACAAAACACUAUAAGACUGACCAAAAUUCAGAUAACCUUUGAACCACGGUUUUUUCCCAUGUCUGUCUGUGAGACACAGUCCAUUGCUACUGCCCUUCCAGAAACCAUGUUGAAAAGAGAAAGUCCAGAAGACUCUAAAUGAAAACCUUGAUGCCGUUGAGGAUGUGUUUCAUUCUGGUGGUCUGUUAUGCAACCUUGAUAACACAGAAUGUCCCAUGCCAUUGUAAAUGUUGUAGAGAUGUGGGCUGUGGCCGACCAUCCUAUCUGAGAUGUAACAUGGUACAAAACAAACUGCUUGCACUCCCUCUUGUCAGAAACCUGUGGACCGCAGGGGGUAGACAAUCCACCUCGUCCGUCUGUAGACAAGAUGUGGUUCCGAAUCCUUCGGAAAGCCAGGUACGGGGGUAGGUGAUUAGAGGGUGGCGCUCGAACCAGAGUGACCCCAUCCCCCAGCCUGAAUCGUGGCCACAGUGCAGGAAGUUUCCCCACUGGCUUUCCAGAGCAAGACUGUGGCCGCCAUCUUCCUCUCUUUGUGUUUUAAGAAAAUAACAGCGUUGGUCGUCCCACAAACACCCAGCUCAGCACCCAGCACCAGGAAGUAGAUUCAUCCAACUAGAGACCCCAAGCUCCCCUUCUCAUCAUCAUCUUUCUCAAGUUGACCCUGAUGCUUUCCGGAAGUCUGCACCUCCAGGUUUAUGCAGAAUAAAGCUAAAAGGUUGAGUUCACCUCAGCAUGACCACCAUAUCCCUGUCUCAAGUCCAACUUCCUGCCUUCUAACACAUGACCUUUUUGAGAACAAAGACUCAACCCCUCAACUCAAAGAAGCCCACCCUCCAGUGUCUUCAUCACCCUGGUUUUUAGGGGAAGAGUUCCCAAUUUGGAUGGAACAGCCACCAUAUUGGUUGUUGAAUCUCUCCUGUUAUUAUUUCUUUUACUUUUUCAAACUCUGUGGGAAGGUUGAGUUGGGUGACUUCCCAGCUGAAUCCAGAAUGACGAUGAAAAAGUGGUCAUAAUCGGUGCCAACCCAGUACCAGGGGGAAAGAUGGCUGACAGGGGUUUCAAGGAUGCAGCGAACAUUUUGAAACCCAGGCCAGCAAAAUCCAGUGACCAGAAGGGGUCAUUUGAGGGGUGUUCCAGAAAUCUCAACUCUCAUGCACCCAGCCCAGGCUGCAGUCUCCACACCAAUCAAUGAAGAACAAUGCAAACCCUGCAGGAAAACCUCCUUUUCCAUACACCCAGGCUAUGCAUUGAAGAGUUUUCCACUGUAUACAUUUUUAUCCAGAUGAAGGUAUUUUUAUAUUUUGACAAUAGGAAACAGUGACCAAUUUUCAGAGUAAUCAAAUCUGGAACAAACGAAACAUCUCAUUUUAGCCACCCUGUCCCAAUUAAGGCAACCGUGGGGGACACACCACUUUUUACUGUUGAAACCCACGCAGCAUUGAAAUCCAGGCUUACGUGCAGACUGCAAUCCUUAGAGGACUAAAUCUGGCUUUUGUGUGAUGGGAUUUGAAUAAGCACUUAGUAUAGUCUUUUGAACACGGAAAUCCUGUUGUACUUAAAGCUAGCAGACCUGUGAACAACUUUGUCAGGUUCACGUCCUAUAACGGUAAACACAGAACAAAAACCCACAAGACUGUUUCUAUGAGAGAUUGAUGAACUUUGUUUAAAUUAAAAAAAAAAAAAAAGGAACACGU